UUUCAUGCACCGAGAUACCCGGCCGGCUCCGCUGAUCCACUGUCGAAUGUUGAACGGGAAGGCCGCCAUCGAGGCAAGUCCGGCGCCGGACCAUCGAUCGGAGGCGCGGUUACGAAUCGACCCGAAAGUCCUGGUGUUUGUGGAAACGACCUAUUCGCGACUGGGGAGAGACAUCGCAGAGCUGUUGGUGUACAAUCGGAUCAAAUACAAAGUGGAAGUGGCCGGUAAGAACGUUCCGGUGUUGACCAUCCAGGACAAAGGUCGGUACGGGGUGAUUGUGUUCGAGAAUCUGGAAAAGUACCUUCAGAUGGACAACUGGAACCGGCAGCUGUUGGAUAAGUAUUGUCGUGACUAUUCGGUGGGGAUCAUAGGGUUUGUGGCGCCCAGCGAGGAGACGCUGGUGGGAGCGCAACUUCGAGGCUUCCCACUGUUUGUCCAUACGAAUCUACGGCUGAGGGACGCUAGUCUGAACCCGGGAUCGCCGGUGUUGAGGUUGACCAGGGCAGGGGACACCGCGUGGGGACCACUUCCCGGCGGGGACUGGGCUAUCUUCCAACAUAAUCACAGUUCGUACGAACCGCUGGAGUGGGCUCAGAGAAAUACGCAGGACUACCCGACGGAUGGAGUUCAACCUCCGCUGGCAACAGUCAUCCAGGAUCACGGAAGAGUUGACGGGAUCCAGAGGGUGUUGUUUGGAUCUGGACUGAAGUUCUGGCUGCACAGGUUGCUGUUCCUGGAUGCGUUGUCGUACUUGAGUCAUGGGCAGUUGAGCUUGAACCUGGAACGUCGGAUACUGAUUGACGUAGACGAUAUCUUUGUUGGAGAAAAGGGCACCCGUUUGAAACCAGAUGAUGUUCAUGCUCUGAUCGCAACACAGAACCGAAUGCGUGCUAUGGUUCCAGGUUUUCGAUUUAACCUGGGAUUUUCCGGAAAGUACUUCCACCAUGGAACUCAUGAAGAGAAUCUAGGGGAUGACAUGCUGUUACGGAAUGUGGAGCAUUUCAACUGGUUUUCUCACAUGUGGAAUCAUCAACAGCCACAUCUGUACGACAACUUGACAACGUUGAUGAACGAUAUGAUACUCAACAAGGACUUUGCCAAGGAAAAGGGAAUCCCUACUGAUUCCGGAUAUUCUGUUUCGCCACAUCACUCUGGAGUCUACCCAGCUCACGAACUCCUGUAUAUGGCCUGGAAGAAAGUCUGGAAUAUAAAAGUGACGUCCACCGAAGAAUAUCCCCAUCUUCGUCCAGCCAGACUUCGCCGUGGCUUCAUCCAUCGAAACAUCAUGGUCCUCCCUCGUCAAACCUGUGGUCUCUUUACUCACACCAUGUACAUCGACCGAUAUCCCGGAGGUCGCGACAAACUAGAUGAAUCCAUCCAAGGUGGCGAACUGUUUCAAACCAUCGUCUAUAACCCCAUCAAUAUCUUCAUGACCCACAUGUCCAACUAUGGUAGCGAUCGACUUGCUCUCUAUACCUUUGAAUCCGUCAUCAAGUUCCUUCGCUGUUGGACCAAUCUCAAGUUGACCUCCGCUCCACCACUCCAGCUGGGCGAAACCUACUUCAAACUCCACCCGGACGAAACCGAUCCCAUCUGGGGUAACCCCUGCGACGACCCGCGCCACAUCAAGAUCUGGUCUCGCAACAAAAGCUGUGACACACUGCCUAAAUUCCUGGUCAUCGGACCGCAGAAAACCGGAACCACUGCCCUGUACACUUUCCUGAGCAUGCACCCUUCCGUCGCCAGCAACCUGCCGAAUCCGGACACCUUCGAGGAAAUACAGUUCUUCAACGGUAACAACUACUACCGCGGUCUCGACUGGUACCAGAACUUCUUCCCGGUGCAGCCGAACGGCACCAACGGCCGGUACAUGUUCGAAAAAUCCGCCACCUAUUUCGACGGGGAACUGGUCCCACGCCGAGCGCACGCCCUGCUCCCACAUGCCAAACUAGUCACGAUCCUAAUAUCUCCGGCGAAGCGAGCCUACUCCUGGUACCAGCACAUCAAGGCCCACGGCGACCCCAUCGCCAACAACUACAGCUUCUAUCAGGUCAUCAUGGCCAGCGAUUCGGCUCCGAAACCCCUCCGGGAUCUCCGCAACCGGUGUCUCAACCCGGGCAAGUACGCCCAACAUCUGGAACGGUGGCUGGCGUACUACCCGCAGCAGCAGUUGCACAUCAUCGACGGCGAACAGCUCAAAUCCAACCCGGUGGAGGUGAUGAUGGAACUGCAGCGAUUCCUAAAGCUGUCGCCAACGUUCGACUACAGCGACCAUCUGCGGUUCGACAACAAGAAGGGUUUCUACUGCCAGAUCGUGAACGAGAACAAGAACAAGUGUCUGGGGAAGUCCAAGGGCCGGCAGUAUCCGCCGAUGGACGA